GUUUGAACACCAUCACACAGACUUCUGAGGGCGCAGCGGUCUUAGUAGCAACGCGGUGCUAAUGUCUAGCAGAGCGCAGGCGAUUUCUCUUUACAAGAUGCUUCUGAGAGAAAGCAGCAAGUUCCCUUCAUACAACUACAGGACGUAUGCAGUGCGACGGGUGCGUGAUGCCUUCAGGACCAACAAAAACAUUGAGGAUCCUCAAACGGUGGCAAGGCUGCUGGAGGAGGGACGGCAGACGCUGGCACUGAUACAGAGACAGGUGAACAUCGGACAAAUGUACAAGACCAAGAAGCUGGUGGUGGAGUAGUCCAGAGAGGACCAGAGAACUGGUCCAGAAAAAGACUUCUCAGCGUGAGCGUGACUGUACUGCUUUGGACUCUAGUUUGGGUCACUGGAUGCAGGUGUGAAAUGCAUUGUGGGAUAUGGAGGACGGAGUAAAGUAUUAAGUCCUGAUGUUGAUGUUAUAAAUCAGAAAACAUUGGGAUGUAUGGAAAAUGUAAAUGGGGAAAAAAACCCCACAGUGAUUCUUACAUUUCCUUUGAUUGUUUCAUUACAGACUGUAUGAACCAAUCAUGUUUUUUUUGUUGUUGUUGUUGUUGUCUGUUCAGCUUCAUUUCAUUUGUUAACAUUCAUCCAUUCCUGCAUUCCAGGCCUGCAACAUGUUCCAAAAAAACAUGUUGCUGUUCCUUCUCACAACACUUCAAAGAUGUUUUGACGUUGAGGACACCGAGUGAUGAAACAUUUCAGGUGUUAUUUUGUCCAAAUCCUUUUGCAAACAGAUCUUAAGAUGUCCAACAGUACGAGGUUAUCGCUGUUGCACUUUUCAUGACAAAAUUUUCCACAUAUUCUCAGGGCUGGAAACAGGCUAGUCCAGUAACCGUCCCCUCUGCUUCUGCAGCCAUGUCUUUGUAAUGUGUGCAGAAUGUGGUUUUGUUCUGUCUUGUUGAAAAAUUUAUGAACAUCCCUGGAAAAGAUGUCAUCUUGAAGGAAACACAUCUUGCUCUAAAAUGUCAGUGUACUUUUCUGCAUUUAUGCUGCAUCACAGAGUGUAAAUGACCUUUGACAAGGACACGGACACAACCCCAGACCAGGACGGACCCUGGAUUUCGGACUUGUUGCUGAUAACAGUCUGGAUGGUCCUUUUUGUAUUUGGGCCAAAGCACAUGGUGUCCAUUUCUUCUAAAAAAUAUAUGUGGAAUACUGAUUCAUCUGACCACAACACACAUUUCUGCUGGGUGAUGGUCCAACCAAAUAUCUCUGAGCCCAUAGAAGUCAACACUACUUCUGGACAAGGUUAGCAUCAGGCGUUUUCAUUUUUCUUUUUUUUUUUUCUUAGAGUGGGGUUUUAAGUAUUAUUUGUGAAUGUAACUCUGUUGUAGUACUUGACAAAAGUUUCCCAAACUAAUCCCUUACUUAUGUAGUUAAAUCAGCUAUUUAUGAAUGACUGUUCUUGACGCAGUGCCAUCUGAGGGAUCAGACAUUGCAGGAAUAUUAACAAAAGAAAAGACGCUGACCAGAAAAAAAAAAACAUGAAAUAUCUCUGGUCCAUACUGUCUGAAAUCAAAGUAAAUGUUAGAUUCCACCCCUCAUUUUCCAUAUCGCACCAAAUCUUUCCUGAUUUGGGUUGUACAUUGAAGUGGGGAUAAAUACUUGUAUGACUUUUAUUUCAGAAAUUCCACAUCUGCCUGUCAGCCUUAAAAUAAAUAUUUAAAUAUUG